GCUCCAAAAAAUAACGACUACACGUGUAGGUACUUCAGAACAACAAAGUUAGUUAUGUGUAGCUUGCUUUACCUUUCUUCAUUCGCCAGCUAACCGUUAAAUACUCAUCGCCGGCGAUCUGUAAACUCCGAUCACUUUUCCGUCACCUUACUAACAAUGUCAUGGUUGGGUCGAUCAAUCGCCAACUCCCUGAAUCUCGACGACGACACAAACAACGUCGUUCCACCUCCCAAUCAAGAUCACUCAACUGACAAUCCAAAAUCGGAAAAUCAUCAACAAAUAGACGAUUUAUCUUCACCGACAUCGACUUCACGUGGUGUUAAAGAGGAUCUGUCGGAGCUAACUAAAACACUAACCAGUCAAUUUUGGGGAGUCGCGUCAUUUUUAGCUCCACCUCCACAAUCCGAUUCGUAUAAGCCUCUAGAUGACUCCAAAUCGGAUCCGGGUGAGGAGGAACCCGACCCGGCGUCGGGGAUCGUAGGUCUUCAGACUGACUUUGCUGAAAUCAGUGGGAAGUUCAGGAGCGGGAUAUCUAUACUGUCCAACAAUAUUGCGGUGUCGGAAAUUACGAAAAUGGCGUCGAAUUUACUGCAAUUGGGACCGGAAGAGGAGGAAGGCUUUGAUCUGGACAAAGGUGUUGUUGGUGUUACGGAAGAAGUAGUGGUUUUCGUAAGGGACAUUGCGAUGCAUCCUGAAACUUGGUUGGAUUUCCCUUUGCCCAAAAAUGAAGAUGAAGAAGAUUUCUACUUAUCUGAUGCACAGCAAGAGCAUGCCUUAGCUGUUGAACAACUUGCCCCAAGAUUGCCUGCUUUGAGGAUUGAACUCUGCCCAAUUUACAUGAGUGAAGCUCGCUUUUGGGAGAUAUACUUUGUACUCCUUCACCCUCGACUGGAUAAACAAGAUGCUAAGCUUUUGUCAACACCACAGGUUGUCAAAGCCAGGGCCUCAUUGGCACAAGAGUUGCAUAAGCGAACUAAGCCAAUAGAAGAAGACUGGCCAGAGAAGAGGACUUCUGAAUCAAAUGACAGAAAUGACUCCGGGCAUGAAGAGAUUGUCUCAGUGCCGUCCACUGCGCUUUCUGCAAAUGUGGUUCAAGAGAUGUCUAGUGUGGAACCAAGCACUUUUACUGGGGUACCUGUCCCUGGUACCGAGAAGCAGCCUGUCCUUGGUACUGAGAGCCAAGUUGUUGACAAAGCUGUGGUUGAAGGACUUGUUACCCAUAGUAAUGUUGGAAAGCAGCCUGUAAUUAGCAGUGAAAUCCAAAUUGUUGACAAACCAGUGGUUGAAGGAGGACUUAUUACCCAUAGUAAAGUUGAAAAGCAGCCUGUGAUUAGCAGUGAAAUCCAAAUUGUUGACAAACCAGUGGUUGAAGGAGGACUUGCUACCCAUAAGAAUGUUGAAAAACAGCCUGUGAUUAGCAGUGAAAUUCGAAUUGUUGACAAAUCUGUGGUUGAAGGAGGACUUGCUAGCCAUAAGAAUAUUGAAAAACCACAAUCUGUUUCCACUAGUAAGUUAGAAGAGAGUGAUGAAGAUGAUGGUGAUGAUUGGUUAAAGGAAGAAGGCGCAGAAUUUGUAGGUGUUAGUAAGACCACCAUUCCUGUUGACAAUGAGGAGGAUGUAUCAUUUAGUGAUCUUGAAGAGGACAACAUGGAUGUGCCUGCAAAUGUUAAGGAAGUAAAUUACAGUUGUGAGAAGGACUCUCAAUAUUGUGUUCAGUUGAGAAAAAGCUCCACCAACUUGUGAAAGAUGCCAACCCUUUUGGAUCCAUACCCCUGAUAGCAAAGAGCCCAGUGACUGGCUGAAUGCUGAUGACACUGAGUAAGAUUUGAACAUAGUUUUCCUCCCACUCAUUUCUUUUUAUGCUUUGAGUAUUUUUUUGGUUCUAAACGCUGAACUUUGCUCUCUGGAGUAAUGAUUCUAAAACAUUAAGUUUGUACAUAGAACACGAAAUGAAGAAUUACUAGUUUUUUUUUUUUUUUAAAUUACAUUUGACAGUGCAAGCCAAUGAAGGGGGCUCCAUUGAAUCACCUUCCUUGGAAAAUAAUUUAGGUUUCAAGUUUGAAAGUUUUGUACCCCUUAUGAAAUUCCUGGUUCAGCCACUGACAUUUCGUACGAUAGUUUCAGUUACCUUCAUAGUGUUAGAAAUUGUUGGAACACUUGCAGCUUGGAUGCUAUAUGCAAUUCUGAUGUAGCCGCUUUUUGUUUGUUUAACCUGUGGAGGCCUGAGCAUAACUUUGUUUUAGGCAUAAGAAUCUAGGGAGACCAGGUUCUAUCUAGCAUCUAAGCUCCAUUU